CUCGCUGCCGCUUGCUUUUCCCUUUCCUAUACUCCUCAUGCAGCAACCAACACUCCAGAGCGUUCGCGUCCGCUCCACCCGCGAUGCUCUCCAGAUUUUCUACGCCGUCGCCCGCGGCGUCCUCCCCAUGAUCACCCGACGUCUCGACGCCGAGGAACGCAGGGCCAUUGUCCCAGGCAAUGUCUACAUCUGGGAAGAGCGCUGUGCCAACGCAGAAAUUACCGGUCUCGGCAUGGAACGCUGGACGGACGGCAUAUCGUGGUCGGCAUCACGAAUAGCCCAAGAAUUUCUCUUUUACCGCCAAAGAGACUCGGAUCAAGACUCGGCCCAUCCCUCUAACCAAUGGGCUAACAUAAUGAAGCGAAGAGACCCUCGUAGUACAAACCCUCGGUCAGAGGUCGACCGCUUAAUCAAGCAGACCUAUAGUGUGCACGUCUCCUUGCCGGAAGACCGCCCUCGAGGCCUCACUCGAAAGUGGCACCUCACCGCCUACUUCAGCCAAGCGACUCUCGAUAGUCUUAACACCAUAGACACCAUCCCCGGCGUUGGUGACGUCCAGGUUCCUCAAGGCUGGUUCAAAAAUGCGCGUGCCAGCAAGGCGAGACAAGGCGACAAUCACCGAGAUGACGACAACUCGUCCCCGCUCCAGGAUCCUUGGGCUUCUGUUGAACCGAUGACGACCACAUUCAGGGCACAAUUUUCGCUCGACGACGACGACAAACGAAGGUGGACAUCCAACGUCGCGCCUCCCCCUGCUCCCCCGCCACACGACCGCCGCGGUGACUUCUCACCCGCUCAUCCUCCGGCGCACACACCCACGACCUCUAUCUCGCACCCAGGGCGGCUUCCUCCAGCAGCGGAAGCUGCGCGCGACUACUACCGAGAUCCGUCGCCCUUCACCAGCCAGUCAUCAUCAUCAACGUCUUCGGAGGUAGAUGCGUCGCCUCGGGCGUUCAGUGCGCCCUCGACGCCCCCAGUCCCAGCAUCCUUCCCCCAGGUCCAAGUCGCGCAGCACCAAACGACGCCCGACCGCAGUCUGGUCCCUCUAUCAGUGCUCACAUCCAUACGACAGCCCGUCAGGGAUCCGAUCGCCGAGGACUGUCUCAGGCGACUGUCCGGCACACCGCGCUUGGAGAAUCGAUGGCCUGACUCGCGCACGCCUCUCCCGUCUUGACGAGUGUCUCAUCGUGCGCAUUCGGCUACUCUUCUCCCGAGUCCAGGCUCCCCUGUUUGGUGCUGUCCCCCAGCGUCAUCCCUGCCGCCGGCGGGUCCAGCUCGGAUCAUCCCUGCGCAAUCCUAUCAGUUUGCGGAGGGGGUCGUUGGGGGAUAGCCUUGUGGAUGGAAAAGCGGCCAGAUUGGUCCGCCGCUUUCGUAUCUCUCUGCAUGCGCGACCGCGCUCGUCGGCUCGAGGGUCGUCCGAAGACUCUUGUGACCGCGGACCCGCAGCUCUGUGCUCACUCACGAUUCUCAUGCUCAUGUCCUCUGCUCGUUCUCAUGUACGCUGUUCCUGGAUAUUCACAUAAGGAUCACAAAUCGCAUCGCAUAGCAUCUUGUAUUUGUACCACUCACACGAUAUAUCAGGCUAAUCAAC